AUGUCUGACCGUGAAUCGCCCGCCGAUUUGCCUGCAAACGAUGCAGUUGAUGAUGGACAGGAGCAGGAGUUCCAGGACGAGGUUGCGGCCGCCGGUUCAGACAGAGACUCGGACGCCCUCUCAGAAAUCGACGAAAACGAGUUUGAAGACUACGAUCCAGAGACGGCCAACAUCGAGGACCGGCCAGUAGACAUCGAUGAAGAUAUUGCACGUACGCUCAAGGCUACCAAAAGAAAGCGCGUUGCUGGAGAUGCUCCCAAGAAGCCGCGAGAGGGCCGUCGCGAGAAGAAGAGACGAGAUCGUGACGAUGAUGUUGCGAUGGAAGAUGGAUCGGAGGUUGAUGGAAAGGCACCACGACGAGCAAGACGAACCGGCGAAGGCGAGAGACGGCGGACAAAGCCCGAUACUCCUCAGCCUGAAAACGAAGAAGAGCUGAGCCCGGAAGAGCGCAGGAAGAGAGCCAUCGACCGAGCUUUGGAUGCGGCUAUCAAGAAGGGCGGAACAAGUAAAAGGCGGCGCAAGGAUGAAAUCGACUUGGAAGAUGAGAUUGAUGAGCAGCUUGCCGAGCUCAAGGUCAAGAUGGAGAGAGCAUGCCGGGCUGACAACGAGGCGCGGGAGUCUAAUCAACCAGCCCUCCAUAAGCUGAAACUUCUUCCUGAAGUCAACGCUAUCCUGAACCGAAACAACGUGCAGCAUGCGGUCCUGGACCCGGACACCAACUUUUUACAACAUGUCAAGUUCUUUCUGGAGCCCUUGAAUGAUGGAUCCUUGCCGGCAUACAACAUCCAACGGGACCUGUUCACUGCAAUGACCAAACUCAAUGUGGAAAAGGAAGCUCUUCUCAGCAGCGGAAUCGGAAAGGUUGUACUGUUUUACACGCGCAGCAAGAAGCCGGAGCCAAGCAUCAAGCGAAUGGCCGAGAGGCUACUGGGAGAAUGGAGCCGACCUAUUCUGAAGCGAACUGAUGAUUACAAGAAGCGACAGAUUGAGAGUCGCGAUUACGAUUACCAGGCGGCUAAGCUGGCACAACGGCAAAAGAUUGGGUCACAAUUCAGUCUCACGCAACGGCCGGCCAUGUCUGCGCGUGAUGCCGAGCGCGAGCGUAUUCUGGCACCGGUUGGCGCCAGCAACCGCGCACGCAUGACAAGUCUUCCAGAGAGUUACACCAUUGCGCCAAAGAGCACGUUUGAUGGUGCUAGGGGAUCAGAACACAGACCGCUUGGCGCGGGUGGCAUGGAGGCGUUCCGAAAGAUGACGCAAAAGACCAAGAAGAGGGGUUGA